AUGGAUUGUUGUAAGAGAAAGAAGUUCUUUGCCCCCGUUGUGACGCAUGUGGCAGUAACCUCAUCCGCGCGGAAAUCGAUGAAUCAGAACAAAAGGCCAAUUGCGUUCGACCAAGCCCUCACAACCAUUGCACACAUGGACCAGGCAAUGACGGCCUUUGGGUCCAGCGAGGGCACUUUCUACACAUUCAAUUGGGCAUCUUGCCGGAUUACAGAGGUCGCAAAGCUGGAAAGCUCCAUCCGAUCCAUCUUUUGCUUUAACAGAGAAGCGUUUGUCGGUCUUAGCAACGGUGAGAUAUACCUCAUUCCUAACCUGGUAUCCAUGGAAAAGGUGACACCCAUCUGUGUGGCAUCCCUGGGCAGCGCCGUUAUUACAAUUGGAAUGGCAGGCACACCAGGGAACGCAUUUCUGUGCGCAGCCACUAAAGAUUGUCACUUGUAUGUUUACCGGAUGUCCUCGGCGCGCCUUAGUUAUAGUGUUGGCCGGGGUCGUGUUUUCAGUAGCCUUCCGCGCUUCUCCUCUGCUUCCAAACCUAAUCCAGACAAUGUGCAGGCACCAGUAGAAAGGGAUAAGGCAGACACCAUAGAUGAUUCGGUAACAGAGGAGGAUUCAAGCGAUUAUGUAGACACGGACCCUUCACACGUAAAGCCAGAGUGGAAAUUGUUUAAGGAAUACGCGACCCCCUCCUGCAUUGCAAACACCACAGAUCAUUUCUUCGGGUAUUGCACAGAAGACCUUUCUUUCUAUUACUUCAAUGCCCUCACCCAGAAGCAACUAUAUAAGAUCGAGGACGAGUCUCAGUUUGUCAAGGUAGCCCACAUAUAUGAGCGCACAUCCAAGUACAACAUGGCGGGCAUACGGUCUGCACUAUUGGGAUAUAACGGUACGGCAUCAGAUGGAGGCCACGUCAGGCUUGUGAACCUGACCACCGGAGAGUCUCGGAUUGUCUAUACCUCUUGCUAUAAUGGCUGUAAGGGCGUGUUCGGCGUUCUGCGCUACAUGGUCAUGGCCGACAGUAAUUCGUUAGUCGUGUGUAAGAUCGGAGUUGCAGAUGCGACAGAACUGCAUAGGGAGUCCUUUGCAGGAGGCUUUAUAGUACUCAAAUCAGACUUUUGCGUAAAUCAGUUGACAGAGACAUCCGCCUCCGUUUGCGCAACGCUUCUGUUUAAUGGUGGGGACUAUUGCCGCGUAACCAUUGAAAUAGAUUGUGAGACAGACAGCGUUUCCACGGAAAUAUUUGGAUCUACGCUAUUUGUGUGA